GGUAGCUUUGAAAUCUCAAUUAUGAAAAAAAUGAAGGAAUUGAUGCUGAAAUUUGUAUGUGUUGUACUUGCGGAGUCAAUGCCAAGAGAGAUGAUGAACAAUUGCUCAACUCUUGCAAAGACAACCUCCACCAUUCUCCCUCCUCUUCAAGCUUCAAGCUGCAAUGUUCCUGAAAAUUCAAAGCUUUUUUACUCAAGAAUCGUCUCUCUCAUACUCCCUAUCUUAUUGAAUAAAUCAGCGCACAAUCUCCAUGAGUUUUGUUUCGUUUCCUUUUCCAACGAUCCUAGGCCUGAUCAAUUACUUCUCCAUAGUGUUAUGAUCCGAACAAAAGGUGUUUGUUCUCAUCGGAUUCGCCAUCUUUUCCGGCAAAACAAAGAAGUUAAACAGAGAUCCACCAUGCUUCACUUCCGAUUAUGCAAGAUUCUAUGAUGAAGCUAAGGUACAUGCAUACAAAGAUGAAGCCAAAUAAUUUACAGAUCCAAGUAAAUAAGAAGGCUAUGCAACUGUUCAAGAUCAGGAUGCAUACCAAAAUGGAGUGGAUGCAUUAAUAACCUGAAGACUUUGAAAACACUCAUGUUUAAUUUAGUAAAUUGAAAAGUAUUAC